AUGGCAGCAACCUCGCCGAUAAGAAGUUAUUCCGUCGCCGCCAUGCUUGCACCUCGUCCCGUUCUCACAAAAAGAAAUCACUUCCGAGGCUAUACAUGGCAAAUUUGGCUGCUAUGGACACUAAAAGAACAUGGUGUGAUUAACCUCAAUCAUGCUGCAUAUACUGAUCUGGACAAGUCUACUUCAUUUUCUGGUGUUUAUGAUGGUCAUGAAGGAGAUAUAGGAACAUCUCUUCAACAAGCUUUUCUAAGAGUGGAUGAGAUGAUGCGUGGUCAAAGAGGAUGGAGGGAGCUAUCGAUCUUGGGAGAUAAGAUAAACAAGUUCAGUGGGAUGAUAGAAGGGUUGAUUUGGUCUCCACGAAGCAGCAAGGGUAUUAACCGAGUUGAUGAUUGGGCCUUUGAGGAGGGACCUCAUUCUGAUUUUGCUGGACCAACUUCAGGAAGCACAGCCUGUGUUGCAGUUAUUAGAAACAACCAAGUUGUUGUUUCAAAUGCUGGUGAUUCCCGUUGUGUAAUAUCUCGGAAGGGCCAGAUGUAG